CCACGCGGGAGUCGGCGUUCGUCCACGCCAUCGCCUCGGCCGGAGUGGCCUUCGCUGUCACCCGCUCCUGUGCCGAGGGCACCUCCACCAUCUGCGGCUGCGACUCCCACCACAAGGGCCCCCGCUCGGCCAUGAACAGGCACAACAACGAGGCCGGACGGACGACCAUCCUGGAUCACAUGCACCUCAAGUGCAAGUGCCACGGGCUCUCGGGGAGCUGUGAGGUCAAGACCUGCUGGUGGGCCCAGCCUGACUUCAGGGCCAUCGGGGACUACCUGAAGGACAAGUACGACAGUGCCUCCGAGAUGGUGGUGGAGAAGCACCGUGAGUCCCGCGGGUGGGUGGAAACUCUCAGGGCCAAGUACGCCCUCUUCAAGCCUCCCACAGAGAGGGACCUGGUCUACUAUGAGAACUCCCCCAACUUCUGUGAGCCCAACCCCGAGACGGGCUCCUUUGGGACGAGGGACAGGACGUGCAACGUCACCUCCCACGGGAUCGACGGCUGCGACCUGCUGUGCUGCGGCCGCGGCCACAACACCCGGACCGAGCGGCGCAAGGAGAAGUGUCACUGCAUCUUCCACUGGUGCUGCUACGUCAGCUGCCAGGAGUGCGCGCGAGUCUACGACGUGCACACCUGCAAGUAG